GAGAUGACUCUCCUUCACCUUUGUCCACUAUGACCGUUAUCAAAGUAUCGAACGGGCAGUCCUCAGCGCCCAACCUCUCCCACAGAGGGAGGGCCGCGCUCUCCCACGCUGGGCAGCUGAUCCAGCUCGCCCAAAGCCUGUUCCAAGACGGCUACUCCUCCUCCAACCCAGGCGGGUACUGCAACCUCGGCGUGGCAGAGAACAGCCUGCAGCACCAGGAGCUGCUCGAUUACUACAACAGCAAGUUCCGGCUUGAGGACGUAGAUUUCACUUAUGGGAACGAUCUGAGCGGGUCUAUGCGGUUGUCUGCUGCCCUGGCGAGGUUGUUCAACGGUUAUUUCCACCCUGUGAGCCCGAUACUCCCGGAUCAUCUGCUUGCUGGUGCGGGGUGCAGCGCGCUGGUCGACAUGCUCGUGUUCCACAUUGGAGACCCAGGGCAGGGGGUGCUCAUCCCCGUCCCGUAUUAUACCGGGUUCAACGGGGACUUCAUGGGUAGGAGCAGUAUCAUGCCCGUCCCUGUGCCUGUCGACCAGGCAGACCCGUUCGGGGAAGGCACGCUCAAGGUGUUCGAGGCUACGCUGCGCAAAGCCGAAGAAGGGGGAAUAAAGAUCUGCGCGGUGAUGCUCUGCCACCCACAUAACCCGCUCGGGCAGUGUUAUCCUAGGGAGACGGUGCUCGCCUAUGCUCGGUUUUGCGAGGCACACAACCUCCACUUGAUUAGCGACGAAAUCUACGCGCUGAGCGUCUUCCCCACCAAUGACGUGCCUGAGCCGACGCCCUUUGUCAGUGUGCUCAGUAUUGAUUGGGCAAGGGAAGGGGUCGACCCGGCGCGCAUACAUGUCAUUUAUGGCAUGUCGAAGGACUUUAACGCCAACGGCCUGCGGGGCGGGGUACUCUGCUCGCAGCAUAAUUCCGAACUACUGGUCGCCGUCAGGACCACAAGCAUGUUCAUGAAGAUGUCCUCCGCGACGGUAAUGCUCUGGAGUGCGAUACUCGAAGACCCGGUGUACCUCCCCGCGUUCAUAAAGGAGAACCAGCGCCGGCUGCGUGAGGCGUACGAGUACGUGACCCGGUGGUUCCAGUUCCACCAGAUCCCGUAUUUGCCCAGCAACGCCGGACACUUUGCGAUGGCCAAUUUCCGCCAGUUCUUCCCAAAUGAGGACGAGCACGGACACGCUCUCACCCCGGUGGUGGAGGACAACGGCGUAGCCAGGGACGCGCACAUGUUCCGCCGCAUCUUGGGUGCGAAGGUGUUCGUCGGUUCGGCAAUGGCGUUCUCCCACCCUACGCCUGGGUGGGUGAGGCUCACGUUUGCGGUCAGGAGGGAUUAUCUGGUCGUUGGGCUGGAGAGGCUGGAACGGGUGUUUGGCUUGCCGAGAUGGCCGGGGUUGGAUGAGCCUGUUCGGGGAAGGGAGAAGGAGCAGGUGACGCAGCUUGGAUAGGGACUGGGGAAGAUGGGAUUGUAGGCUGUUGGGAUGGGUGCUUGGGAGGAUAGAUGCGAGGGAUGAUGUCACUCGUGUGAAGGGAUGUAGACAAUAUAACA